AUGUCUUGGUUAUCCUGGCUCCUCACACUGUGGCCCUGCUCAGCCCCAUCUGUGCUCCUUGUGGGGCUCGUGGGCAGACAGCUGGGGCUCAGGGUGGGGUUGCAGGUGGUUCAGACAGUGAGGUGUUCUCGGUGGGGUACAUCGAGUGUCCAGGGUCUGUUCCAGGAUGGAGAUGUAGUUAUUGGUGGGCUCUUCAGUCUUUAUUACCAGCCCCCUGCUAUUGACCAUGACUUCACUCAGCUGCCGCACUACAAAUCUUGCACUGGCUUUGAAAAUCUUCCAUUGCAGUACAUAUAUGGUAUGGUGUUUGCACUGGAGGAAAUCAAUCAUAGUACAACGCUGUUACCAGGUGUGAAGCUGGGCUACCAUAUUCAUGACAGCUGUCAGCUACCCCUUUGGGCUUUACAGGCAGCACUGUCACUGGUUGGAGGAGACAGCACCAGCUGUGAUCGGCCUGUUCCUUUGAUCAUUGGCGGUGACUCAUCUACAACAGCCCAGAUACUCUGUAGAAUCCUGGGACCACUCUCUGUACCUUUAAUGAGCUAUACAGCAACCUGCCCCUGUCUAAGUGACAGGCGCCAAUUUCCCAACUUCUUCAGGACCAUCCCCAGUGAUACUUACCAAGCCCGUGCCAUGGCCCAGCUUGCCAUACGCUUCAACUGGACCUGGAUCGGAGCAGUCGUAGCAAACAAUGAUUAUGGGCUAAUGGCAAUAAAGAUAUUUCAGGAGGAGACUCAGGAGGCUGGAGUGUGUCUGGCAUUUGUAGAGACUCUCAGCAGGGAAAACACUGUGAAUGAUGCCAGACAAGCAGCACUCACAAUUCAGGCCUCAACUGCAAGGGUGAUUCUAAUCUUUACCUGGUAUACAGAUGUGAGGGAACUGUUUCUGCAACUAAUGAAGAUAAAUGUAAGUGACCGACAGUUUCUGGCCAGUGAAGCUUGGAGCACCAGUGGCGAUCUUUUCCAAAAUCCUUCAACUUCUAAAGUAGCAAGUGGUGUUCUUGGUGUGGCCAUUAGAAGUUCAGCUAUAACUGGAUUUGAAAAUUAUCUCAGAAAUCUGAACCCAUCUCGUCGUCCUGAUGAUAAAUUCCUAAGAGAAUUUUGGGAAAACAUGUUUGGUUGUAGUCCUGGUGGCACAGAGUCCCUGGAGAGAGUGGACAAUCUUUUUACUGACACUUCUCAGCUGAGGUUGACAUACAAUACCUACCUUGCUGUUUAUGCUGCAGCCCAUGCCCUUCACAGUCUUCUGUCCUGCCCCAACAGUAACAGCCCUCCAGGAAACAACAGCUCCACCUGCUUGUCUCCAAAACACAUCAAACCCAUAGAGGUUUUGCAGCACUUGAACAAAGUGAACUUCACCACACCACAGGGUGAGAUGUUUUAUUUCCAAGGGGCCGACAUUCCAGCAAAGUACGAUCUUGUCAAUUGGCAGAACACUCCUGAGGGGACACUAAAACUUGUGUUGAUUGGUCAUAUGGAUGGGUUUGAUCUCCUCCUUAAUGAAUCAGCUAUUCAGUGGAGCACAGGAUCCAAUCAGGUGCCUUUAUCAGUGUGCAGUGAGAGCUGUCCCCCAGGCACCCGGAUGGCAACCAGGAAAGGAGAACCUGUCUGCUGCUUUGACUGUAUCCCAUGUGCUGAAGGGGAGAUUAGUAAUACAACUGGUUCCCCCCACUGUAAGCGUUGUCCAUUAGAAUUCUGGUCUAAUGCUAAACGAACUGUCUGCAUCCCUCGUCAGCUGGAUUUCCUUUCCUUUAAUGAAACUUUGGGCAUUACCCUGACUACAGUCGCUGUAUCUGGGGCCAUGGUGACGACAGCUGUGUUUGUAGUUUUUCUUUACCACCGUCAAACACCUAUGGUACGAGCCAACAACUCAGAACUGAGCUUUCUGCUUCUUGUGUCGCUGAAGCUCUGCUUCCUGUGCUCACUGGUGUUCAUUGGUCGUCCAUCAGUCUGGGCUUGUCGGUUCCAGCAGGCAGCUUUUGGGAUCAGCUUUGUACUCUGUGUUUCCUGCCUCCAAGUCAAAACCAUAGUGGUUCUUGCAGCGUUCCGUUCAGCUCGGCCUGGUGCUGAAGCCUUGAUGAAGUGGUUUGGUCCAGGCCAACAGAGAGGAAGUGUCUGCUUCUUCACCUGUAUACAGGUUAUCAUCUGUAUUAUUUGGCUAACAAUCAGCCCCCCAGUGCCUCAACCUGACUUCGAUAUCCCGGGUUUAAAGGUCACCCUGAAGUGUGCCAUGGCCUCUGUGGUGGGUUUCUCUCUUGUUCUGGGUUAUAUUGGCCUGUUGGCCUGCACCUGCCUCCUCUUGGCCUUUCUUGCUCGGAAACUUCCUGACAACUUCAAUGAGGCCAAACUGAUCACUUUCAGCAUGCUGAUCUUCUGUGCUGUCUGGGUGGCCUUUGUCCCUGCUUAUGUUAGUUCUACUGGAAAAUAUACAGUUGCUGUGGAGAUUUUUGCAAUUCUCGCUUCUAGCUAUGGUUUACUGUUCUGUAUCUUUGCUCCGAAGUGUUUCAUCAUCCUUUUGAGGCCUGAGAGAAACACCAAGAAACACCUGAUGAGCAGGUAG